AACCAAUACGAUAGGCCGCCAUAUUGUCUGAAACAGGGACUCAGUGCAGCACUAGCUGCUCAUUCAACCUAAAAUGUUCGGAAAUUACGACGUAUAGCAAUCGAAUUGCAGUGGAUAUUUGUGAAUCUAUAUAUUUCCUCUUUAAUCCGGCUCUGUGCAAUAUCUAGAAGGAUGGCAUCCUUUAAAAAAGGACUGAGUAAAAAACUCAAGCCCGUCGCUCUGAACUGGAAACUGUUUCGAGCAAACGAACCGCUGCUCAGUGUGUUCAUGUGGGGAAUUAAUCACACGGUAAAUGAGUUGAACCAUGUGAACCUGCGUGUGAUGCUUAUGCCUGAUGACUUCAAGGCCUUCAGCAAGAUCAGAGUGGACAACCACAUGUUUAACAAAGAUAACAUGCCAAGCCACUUCAAAGUGAAGGAGUACUGCCCGAUUGUGUUCAAGAACUUGAGAGAGCGGUUUGGAAUUGAUGACUUUGAGUAUAUGAAUUCGCUGACCAAACAGCCCCACUACAUUGACUCCCCGGGUAGAAGCGGUGCUCGCAUGUUGAUGUCCCAGGACAAGAAGUUCUUCAUCAAAACACUGGUCAGUGAAGAGGUGGAGCAGAUGCACCAUGUACUUAAACAGUAUCACCAGUAUAUUGUGGAGAAGCACGCCCAGACUCUGCUGCCCCAGUACCUGGGUAUGUACCGCCUGACCGUGAACGACGUGGAGACCUACAUGGUGGUCAUGAGGAACAUCUUCAGCCCCAGAGUAGGAAUACACAAAAAGUAUGACUUGAAGGGGUCUACAGUUGACAGACAAGCAAGCGACAAAGAAAGGCUAAAGCUUCUGCCAACAUUAAAAGAUGUGGACUUUGUGAAUGAUGGCGUCACAAUUCAAAUCGGACAAGAAGCCAAGGAUAAUUUCAUGCCGACAUUAACAAAAGAUGUUGAGUUCCUGGCCAGCUUGCACCUAAUGGACUACAGUCUCAUCGUGGGCAUCCACGACCCUGAUAAAGGUGAUUCAGAUCAGACCGACUUGCCGGCCCCCGACGAUGGGGAGGAGGGGGCGGACGAGGAGGAAGAGAAUGGUUUGGGGGAGGAAGAGAUGACUGAUGGCUAUGGAGCCGUCCCCACCCCACCGGACAGCCCCCAACCUGCCACACCCACCCCAUUCACAGGAGAGCUGGACUCCAGGCUGGAGCAGUAUGCAAUUAAAAGUAGUGAAAAUCAAGAAAUCUAUUUCAUGGCCCUCAUCGAUGUCCUGACGAAAUACGGAAUGAAGAAACGGACAGCACAGGCUGCCAAGACUGUGAAACAUGGGGCAGGGGCGGAAAUAUCCACGGUCAGGCCUGACCAAUAUGCCAAGAGAUUCCUGGAAUUCAUCUCCAAGAGUAUCGAGUAAGCACAACCCUACAAGGUGCACAGUGCAGGCUUUGCCUCGUCCCAGGGAAGAGUCCUUUUGACUGUAGUACUGCAGAUGAACUUACUGUUAUAAGGGUCCAACUAGGUUGAAACAUGUUGAUACAUGGUGACCACGAAGGCAUCAUAUGGAUUGAGAGUGUACGGACAUACGGUCUCAGAAGCAGUUAUUUCAGUAUGGGAUAUUUUGCUUUCUAAUAUGUUUUCAUUUUGUGAUUAUUGAGGUCACAUGUUGGUGGAAAGACUUUUUCAGGGACUGGAUUUUUUUUAAGUAUGAACAUUACUUCCUUUGUGAUUUGAUCUUUGAAUUCUUUUAAAACCAAAUUCCUUUUAUAGUGUACCCUUUUAACCCUUGCCAUUGUGGUCUUUGAUCAUGAAGCCAUCUCCAUGAAUGAACCAAGACACAGUAUCUUCCAUUUUCAUGUUGUGUGCAUUUCUCUGCUUGUAUUUCAAAACCAACACUCUCAUUUCAAAUGAAAUCUUCCUUAAUGUCUCCUCUAUUACAAUAUUUGAGUGUCAUUUUAAGACUGUUGUACAAUCCUUUAGGUAUAACACCACCCAAAUAAUGAAUGAGAUCGCCAAGAACUAUAUUUCUGAUAUUUGCAUAUGUUCUGAGUUUAGGAAUUAUUCUAAAAUAUUUUCAUUUUUUACUUUUUUUUGGUCCUGUUUUAAAAAUGAAAGGCAUUUGCAAAUGUGCAAUGACAACUGAGAUUGUGUUUAGAUUAUCCUGUGGCAGUUAUCUGAUAUUACACAUGGACAACGACAUCCUCACAAAUUGAAUUUUCAUCUCUGUAUAAAAAUGUUAGACUAACAUUGUAACUCUACUCGAUUAAUUAUUCUUGACACUAAUGAUAAUAGUUAUUCAGUUCAGAAGGGGCAGUUCAAAUACGAUGACUCUUGAUGUUUUGUGCUCUAUUCAACUUGAUUAUAUUUGGUGGUUUACAUCAGGACCUCUUGUAGAAAGACCAUGUUAUUAGUUGGCCCUCACUGUGCUGGACCUGUGUCAUAGAGGUUGUACUUGGAAGUUUUAUCCUAAGUGUUCCCGGUAAUUGGCAGUGUGACUAUUUGACAUGGAACAACAGUGUUCUGUUAACGGAGUUUGUGUCAAACAUAUCUGAACUGACUUUUAUGUACAUUUUCAGUUGAUUUAAGUCUUGACAUUCUGAGUGGAAUUAGCUAAGCUUACUAGAUUUAGGGAAGUGUUUACGAGAUUCAGGCUUCGGGCUAUUGGCCAAAUUUGCAGACUGGUGUUGAUAUUUAUGUAUUUGUAUUUUAAAAAAGCAGAUUGGGGAUAUAAAAGGCUCACAAAAAAUGUGAAAUAAGAACUCGGUGAUGUAAACCUGUAGGUUCAGAAGACACUGAGAGGUACCAGACUCUAUAACAGACUGUCAUACUGCCAAGGGAGAUUUCACUUCUCCUGUCUUAAAACAUGUAUAAACAUCUUAUUUUGCGGAGGUGUCAUGAUUUAAAGGUAACAGUUAACCUGAAGAAGAACCAGGCAAAAUAUAAAAAACAUUCUACAUUGGACCAUGUUUUGGAGCAAGCAAUAGCUCUUGCCUCUAUUGUUGUUACACAUACAGCUAAUUUUACUCGAUGGAAAAUGAACGUUUCGGACCCAAAGACAUUUCAGGUUUUCUCCGAGAGUGAAACAUAUAAUUCUGUUGUUUAUUCAGUUAAUGAAGGGAUACAAAGGAUAUCAUCCAGUACCAGCCUCUCUUCUGUCACCAUUCUUUGUGACACACACAAGAUAAGUUGUAGUGCAGUAGUACUUGUAGUCACAAGGGCUUUUUUCUGUUAGAUGUUAUUUUCAUGAGCAUAACAUCAGUUACCAUGGUUACUAUGGGUUCUUUCCCUUGAUAGUUUGAUAGAGGUCUAUAAAAAAAAAAUCUUAUCCAAGUAUUGUUGUUUUGACAAGCACUUUCUACAAUAUCACAGUUUUUAAUGACCUUUGAAAAUUAUCAACAGAAUAGAACCUGUAGGUUUCACUUCAUUCAUCACAUUUUUGUUGUCAUAUAUGCCAAAAACACAUUCAUUGGAGAUGCGUAAUUCCUUUUCUAAUUCUCUGUGCUAUUUGUUGACAAAGUCUGAUCUUGUCAAUGCUAAUGCUUAUGCUUGUAACCGUGUCAUCCUUUUUGUUACAAAGACUGUCUUUUAAUGUUACUACAAACACAAUACGCUUGUUGGUACCACUCUGUUUCAGUCUUGGGUGGAAACAUGAUACGUCCUUUACAGGAGUAUUAUUCUUUUUGUUGUUGUUCAUUUUCUGAUUAUAUUCUUGACCGAGUCGGUGAACCUUUGGUUAAUAAUGUGGCUGUAACACACACGUUAUGUGUGCUUGGAGUCUUCAGGUCAAAGGGAGAUAACUCUAUGAAAUAGACCCCCAAAACAAUUUCAACAAAGGUUCAAGUGUGAUGCACAUUUUGAUUGCACUUUCUUUGGACUUCUUCAGUUGAUGGAUUUGCAGUGUAUAAAAAAAACCAUGUUAUUCCGUUUUGCUUUGUGGACACUUGUAUUCCUGUCAACACAAGUGAGCUGGGGAAUAAUGUCAAUUAAUUCUCGGAUUAUUAAAACUGAAAUACUAAACCACAUUUCAGUGAAGAUAUCUCCACCCCUUUCUCCUUAAUGGCAGCUGCACGAUUAAUUGUCGUCAUCGAGUGAACAACUUGCCAAAAUGUUGCUCUCUUUUGAGGAAUUUUUGCUGAUCAUCAUUUUGUGAACUAAUAGUCGACAGAUGAUGUAACCCAUUUUUAUUUUUACGAUACUUGUUAACAGUAAUAUCUUGGUUAAAUUUACUUUGGUUAUGUGUAAAAAAAGUGAACUCCAUUUAGCCACAUUUAUAUCAUGUGAUACUGUAGGUUCUGCAAGAUUUUAGAAAGUGCUCGUUGACGACCUUUAAUCCUGGUGUGAAGGUUCCGAUGUAGUGACAUGCUUGGAUUGCUCAAUGGAUUCCCUACUUCCAUAUACAAUCAUGUAUCGUGUCUGUGUGUUUCAUUAUUACACACUAUUAAUCUGAGAGAAAUAUACAAGAAGCGUGAAACUCUUGUACUCACAUUUCCUGAACAAAUUGAUCAAUUUUGAAAAUGCCAGAGAUCAAAAUAUUUCAACUUUUUUCUUGCGUAUUGAGAAACAGUCUUAACUGUAAAUCAAUUACUUAAAAGAAAGUUGUUCAAGUUCAUUAUUUGACCUGCAAGUUGUCAACUUCCUUAUUCCUAGGUUAUCAGCUUCAGCCUUCAAGUUUACUCAGUUCAUGAGAUACUGCUGUCAUCUUCAACCUUCCAAGGUCACAGAGAGGUCAUUCCAGCUGGGUGCUAUUAGACAUUACACUGGCUGACAUGAUUUUUGUUUGUUUUGUUUGUUGUUGAACGCUGCACUCAGCAAUAUUCCAGCUAUAUGACGGCGGUCUGUAAAAAAUCGAGGCUGGACUAGAUAAUCCAGUGAUUGACAUCAUGAGCAUCAAUC